AUGCUUCGAGAAACAAGUGUUAUUCGUCGCGUAGGAACGGAUGUAGCGCAGGUGAUGGCAUCUACAGCAGUUUUUCUAUGUGGUCAACUUGGUGCUCUUUCCGUUGUACUCAACGUUUUUGUAAUUUCCGCUCUAAUCAGAAAUCGCCGUCGAGUGCUCACAAACGUUUUCUAUGUGAUUGUUCUUCACUGCGCUGUUCUGGAUGUGGCACGAGGACUCUGCCUAAUCGUUUAUGGACUUCCCUAUUUUGCUAACACUAUAUACAAGAUAAAUUUAUCCAUAUCGACAAAAGUAGCGUUAUUUAGGUCGUCAACAUUCGCUUUAGUGGUUUUACGUAUCUGUAAUUUACUGACAAUAUUCAAUCUACUAGUAUUCACCACAAAUGAAUUUGUUGUAAUACGAUAUCCUUUACAUUAUCGGCGAUAUUUUCGACGCAGAGCUGUUCUAGGAAUAUUGAGCUGUUGUUGGGUUAUAAGCAUCAUUAUGGGUCUAGGUCUGCUCGUUCCUCCUUCUUCACCUUAUCUACAGGAUCCUGAUGAAAGGCCUUGGCACAUUGACAUUGCCACGUUAAGUAUGCUGAUGAUCUCUAUUUUAUGUUUUUUUGUCCUCGCCAUAGUGGUGGUUUGCUAUGCAUUUAUACUUCGAACAAUUCGAAGAUUCAAAGAUGAAAACGGGACUUUGAAUGACGGCCGUAGUUAUAAGCAUAGAGGUUCAAAGAAAACCACGAAUGGAACAAAUAAUUCUGGAAGAAAGAUACAAGCAAUGGCUCGACAUAAGUACAUCUAUGUGAUCGGUACGGUACUGAUCGUUGAUCUACUUUUCCUCUGUCCAUAUUCGGGAAUUCAACUGGUUGCCUUCCUACAUAUUAAUCAUCUUAUUGAAAUCACUCACAGCAGCACGUUGAUACGGUGGUGGCUACAGGUGUUCAUUGGUGUUCACUCUGUCUGUCAACCGCUCUGUUACUUCCGAAUGACGGAAUUUCGUCGCCUAGCCUGCUGUGCAUCCCGUGCUGCUUGGAACAAAUCCAAGAGUUUCUCGGCCUUUAAUAAGAGCUACGGUACUAAUACGCGAUCAGUAGUCAGAGACGAGGAUCUGAUAGAUCCUCCUGAUUCGCCACAAAUUAAGGAUCCACUAUUGGUAAACGAACAAAAAGUAGCUCAAGCCUCACCAGCUCAUGUAUGGUCCCGUGGCGAAUCCGUACGAAUAAGGACAACAAACGGCACUCAAGUCACUAAGGUAGAUAUCGACGGCGGACCAGAUCUGGAUAUCGAAAUGGCAUUGAUCAGGAAGACGUCGGUACCGUUCUGA